AUGCCACUUUCCAAGUUAUCAAUUUUUACUCUCUUAGCGUCUAUAGCCCUUUCUCAAUCUUCAGAAGAAGUACAUACCACUCCUACGGAAAUUCAACCCAAAUUCAAUUACGAGCUAUGUACAAAAAAAGGCUGUUUCAAGCAUAAAGGAACAGUUACAGCGGAUGUGAGUUAUAGAGAAGUUCAUUCAAGAAAAGACCCAAAGAAAUUAUGUUUAAAAGAUAAAAGAUGGGAUUCAAGAUUAUGUUCAAAUCAAGAUGAAUGUAGCAAGAAUUGUGAAAUAGAUAUGAUUUCGAAUUAUACUGAACGAACUGGAGUGACUAAUUUUAAUAAAUCUGAUAAUAGUCUUAGUUUAAAGUUAGUAGUUUCAGAGGAUAAGAAAACCAAAAAGAAAAAUAUAGGGUCUAGAAUUUAUCAUUUAGAUCAAGAUGGUCAUUAUGUGAUGUAUAAAUUAAAAGGCAAAGAAAUCUCUUUCGAUGUUGAUCUUUCUCGUUUAGGAUGUGGAUUAAAUGGAGCAUUCUACUUGACUGAAAUGUCUAUGGAUGGAGGAUCAAAAAACCAAUCAUUCAUGAAUAGUAAUCGUACUGGAUCUUACUACGGAACAGGCUAUUGUGAUGCUCAAUGUCCUCAAGAUCUCGCUUUCACUGGAGCUGAGAUCAAUUUGAAUCCCCCCGCAGAUGGUGCACCACGCAAAGGAAAUUGCUGUCCUGAGAUGGAUAUCUUGGAGUCUAACGCUUUAGCUCAAGCUUUCACCCCACAUCCAUGCAGUCGCACAGGUCAAUCAACUUGCAUGGGUGAUCAAUGCCCUGAAGGUCCAAAGGGAUUCUGCGCGGGCUGUGAUUUCAAUCCUUACAGAUUAGGUUCAACAGAUUUCUUUGGACCAGGCAAAACCGUCGAUUCUACUUUACCAUUGAAAAUAGUUACACAAUUUAUUACAGAUUCAUAUGGUGAUUUAGCAGAGAUCAAAAGGAUAUAUGUUCAAGAGGGUCGAAUUAUUCAAAAUGCGCACCCCGUGUAUCCGGAAUUGAAGCCUUAUAAUUCAAUUACAGACAAUUUUUGUAGUGCCUCUACAGCACUCUUUGGAGGAGAAGAUCGAUUUAGACAGAAAGGUGGUCUUAAAAAAUUAGGACAAAGUUUAGAUCGUGGAAUGGUCUUAGUGUUGAGUUUAUGGGAUGAUAAAAGUGACACCGACAUGCUUUGGUUGGACGGCACCUUUCCUCCUGAUGCAGAUCCGACAAAGCCUGGCGUGGUUCGUGGUCCUUGCACGCCCGCGGAAGGGAACACAACACUGAUUGAAAAUGAGUAUCCAAAUGCAUUUGUUCAAUACGGUAACAUUCGAAUCGGCGAACUAGACUCAACUUAUCCUUAA